CCUCGUUCUCCUGCGUUUGUGGGUGUUUCACAGAGCCCACAUGUGUACGUCUGCAUUGACCACCAUGUUCGCAUCUCACGCAGCAGCAACUGGAAGCUGUGGGGAACGCGGUGGAAACCAGCGUUCAACGUCCAGCGUUCGCGUGCGGUCGCUUUUACUCAUCGCCUGGUCCGACGUUCACCCGGCGUGUUACGAGGCUGCGAGAUCGCUCACACAGCGUCGGGCUAUAUCCCUCGUCACUUGCCCUCCAGCAGCCUUGCCUCCUUGAUCCUCACCUCCUAUCGUGGUCGUUGAUCCUUCCCCCUCCGGUGCCGCACUACCAUGAGCGUCUUCAACCCAAAAAUCAUCGACGCAUGCAUCCGAGAUGUCACCGCAAGUCUCUCAGACGAACAGAAGGCAGAUGUGCUUCUAUACGCCAUGGGACAUCUUCCCUCUGAGCGCUCUAGAAUGCUCAUCGAGAACGCAGUCCAGUCCUGCCUCUUGCUGAGCGGGCUGUCCACCGCCAAUGCUGCCAAAGCCCGCUUGAUACGCGCCAGGGCUAGGCUUGCUGCCGGACUUCAUGUCGGCGCCCACCAAGACCUCCAGGCUGUCAUGGCCAUCGAGCCUGAACACCCAGAAGCUAAGGCGCUUAUGGUCCAUCAUGUCACGAAUUCGGGCAAGUCGUUGGUCCAGCCGCAUACGACCCCGGGCUUCUCAACUGAAAUAUGGCGGGAGAUUGCACGAUGGCUCCCGCCACGCGAUCUCAAAAACCUUCUCCUCGUACCGCACAUUUUGUCACGCAUCGCAAGCGAGCUCUUGUUUCGAAAGAUCGAUCUGUUUUUCGUAUCGGAUAAGAGGGAGUCGCAGAAGAGCGCCGACAUCCUGACACGUAUCAUCGUCGACAAGGAGUUUGCGAAGCAUGUCAAGACGUUGCGGGUGUUCUACCAGGGGCGCGAUGUAUCGCCGAUGACUUUCCAGACGGGCAUGCUGGCGAACGCAUUACCAAAAUUGUCCAACCUGAAGAACGUCCACUGUUCAAUGCGCCUGCGCGAGAUGCUCGCCUUCCUGCGCAUCCUCGAAGGCGCGAAUCACCGGUUACGUGGGAUGUCUCUAAUGCCGCUCGACGGGACCGCGGAGCUGCAGUUCCCACGCUUCCGGCACAUCACGCAGUUCUCGUACGUCUCGACGGGGGGCAACCCGGCGGACGUGCAGGAGUUCCUCAUGCAGAACAAGGCGUCCAUCCGCUCGAUCUUCCUGCACAACCAGCACUGGACGUUCCCCACGGAGACGCUCUCGAUCCGCAACCUGACGCACCUCGACUUCCUCGGCCUCUUCCCGGCCGAGUCGCGCGCGUUCUCGGACAUCCUGAGCAACGGGCACCAGCUGGAGUCCCUGCGCCUGCAGUGCGUGCUCAACUGCAACGCGUCCGCGCAGUUCCGCGAGGGCGCCACGGCGCGCGCGCUCCCGUUCCUCCGCCACUUCGAGUUCAGCCUCCUCGGGUACAACGUGAACGACCACGACCUCUUCCCCGCGAUCUCCGCGUUCCUGCGCGACCGCCGGACGCUCAAGACGCUCGUGCUGUCGGUGCCGAGCGCGAACUGGGCGCAGAAGCGGCUGGGGUACGACGCGGGCGUGUGGGGCGUGCUCCCGAGCCUGACGGAGCUGAGGACGCUGACGGCGACGCUCCCGAAGGACGUCGCUGCGGCGGUGGCGAUGUGGCUCGUGCCCCGCGGCGUCAUCGCGCUCUCGCUGCAGGCGGAGUCGUCCACGGAAGCGCUCGGGUUCGUCUCGCAAAUGCGCCCGGGCCUCCCGCCGAACCUGCAGUUCAUCGGGCUCACGCAGUUCGACGUCGCGGACGCCGCGGCGGUGGUCGACGCGGGGUUCCCGACGGUGCGCGUCGCGCGCGUGGACGACGACUAUUAUACCGUCGAGCGCGAGGACGGCCGGGUGCGGCUGCAGGCGUGGCCGGAGGCGCGGGGGCACUGGAACGUGCGGGAGUGGCUGCAGUCGUAUGGGUGCGAGGACGCGGAGUGGAGGCAUCCGAGCGAGUUUCUGUAGGGAGGGGGUGAGUCGCGAGUCAUGAGUUGGAUGGGUGCGUUUCGUCGUGCUGUGCGACGCAGCAACUGGGCAUGCUCGAGUUGGCAUGGUCUACAUUGUCUGUUCCGGUUGGCAUAGAUGUGACAUCUCUGGAUGCCUGGAAGGAAUACACGUCCACGAUAAUUCUGGAUAUGCGUCUGUCCGUACUGGGUCUGAGCGCACUGUGAAUUUUGUUGUAUGGAACUUCGAUCCGGUGGUAUGCCCUCUACCUCCACCUGGUCGCUUGCGCCGCUUGG